GAACCCGCACUCACGAAGAAGACACGACUAAACAGGAUAGAUAGAGGGUGGGAAAAAAAGGGAACUGGUCCUGUUUACAACAGCAUAAUGGAGCAAAAAUGGCCAAACGCCGUCUUUAUACGUGCGUCAUUCAUUGGAUUUACGAUAUUUGUUGCAUUGGUCACAAAGCCCACGUUGGCAGUCGACAUAUAUGCUGACCCUGAGAUGAUCGUUCAGAAUGGCACUACAGGAAUUCUUCGAUGCACCUUCAAGUCCCAUGAAGUAGUGAGCAGCUCUACCACAGUGAGCUGGAGUUUUCAGCCCAAUGAUCCCAACAAUAAGUUAUCCAGUCCCCCAAAUGUGAUUUACUACUAUAGUGGUGGGAAAGGUUUUCCUGGAGUACCAGAGUUCAGAGAAAGAGUUCAGUUUGUUGGUGACAUCAACAAGAAGGACGUCUCCAUACAGCUGGGCCCGGUGCAGUUCAGUGACAACGGUACCUUCUUCUGCGACGUGAGGAACCCGCCAGACGUAACUGGAACAGUGGCUCGAAUAGAGCUCAGGGUCGUGAGGAGAGAAGCUCUUCCUCAGACCAACGCCACCCUCAUAAUUGGAGCAGUUUGUGGUGCUUUAGGUGUGCUCGUCCUCGUCGCUUUAACUGCCUGCUUUGUCUUGAGACAUCGCACCCGGCAUGAUUACGAAGGAUGUACAUCCUUGGAAAGUGUGAGCUCUCAGGCUCCACAGCCACGAAAGAAGGUGGAGUCUGGCUUGGAGGGCUCCAAGUCGGCCAUUCCCUCGGGUCCGCUACAGGGCCCGGUGAUAUACGCCCAGUUGGAUCAUUCAGGCAGCAAAAACUCAUUCCACAAGAUGGAGCCAGUGGUCUACGCUGACAUUCGUAAAAACUGAAGAGGAACUGGGGACCAAAAAUUAAAUAAGUAUCAGGCCUCUGUAUCAGCUGCUCUAGGGAAGGGUGGGAUUAUCUCAACAGGGACGUAAUCAGUGCAGUUUUUCCUUCAUCUGUUUCUGUAUGUGUUGCAUGACACUAAGAUACUGUCUCCCUGUGCUUAAUUGUAAGGCUAAAUAAGCAAAAUAAGAACCUAGUGAACACUGCAUCAUUCCGUCACAUCAGCCUUUAAACUGUCCUCCCAACGCAGAAUGUAAAAAUAAGAAAGCCUUCAUAGAUAUCAUUCCAAAUCAAUUGUCCUGUAAUGUAAUUGUGGCUAACGAGCAAAACAAAGAUGGCCGAUCUGCAGACUGUUGCACCAGUUGGCUAUUGAGUCGAUGACAUGAUGUGAGGAAUAUAGGGAAGUAAUAUAUUCUCACACAUGAACUAGCCAUAUGAUUGAUUAGGAUAGUGUUUUAAUUGUCCAUCAUGACUCUGACAAGUUGCACCUCAUUAUAAAAGGUGGACGUUUUAAGUUAUAUGUUAAAUUAACUUUUUAUAAUGAUUUGUUUCUUUACAUUUUUCGCCUAAGACCUUGAUUGUGUGUACUUUACAUUAAUUCUAACCUACAUGUAAUGUCUACCAAGCUAGUGCAACAUUCUGCUGAAGCCACAUUUCACCUCCACCAUCAGGCAAGUUCCACAGUGACUUUGGUUUUGUGUCAAGUGAGAUCUUGCAUUAAUGUCAGUGACUUUGCAUGCAGUGGAAAUAACAUUUGCAAACAGAGGUUUGUUCUUGUUAGCUGUUGUUUGUAAGACAGAAGAAACCGUCUGACAUUGUUUUACUGUGAAUGCUUCAGUUGUUUGUGAAGUGCUGGCAUGCUGUUACAACUCUUAAAAACGCUACCUUCGUUUUUGCUUACGCCUCAGUUCAACACUUUUUUUUUUUUUAAACCUUUUUUCUUUUCGUGCCUACAUCUAAUGGGCUCAACAACCCAGCAAAAUACGAUUUUGUUGGUAGGUCAUUUUAGCUUAGUUUUAAAGUAUGCAUGUUAAAAUAAACUGUGUAACUGAAAGGUGAAACACAUCCCAUGGAAACAUGGGAGCUCUGUCUGACAAAGGAAAUGGUAAUUGCAUUACUAACAACAAUCACUUAUUAAACUAUUCAUCCUUUUUGUGUGUGUAUUAUGUAAAGCUUUUUUUUAUAAUAAUGGGCCAAAUAUCUAAUAUCACCAGUAAAACAUUAUUUUCAGAUUCUUUUAAGCUUCAUAUACAUUCCAAAUUACUAUAACUGUAUUUUGUUUUUCAGCAUUUAAAUGCCAAAUGUAUUAUUUUUGCUUGUUAAUAGUUUGGCUACAUAGAAGAAUUAUAUUUGUUGCAACCAGUUUGAUGCCGUUCGCAUCCAUCCUGUGAUUCAGAAUGCAGUAAAUGUCCAUGUUGACCAAUAUUUGUAUAUAUUUCCUGCUCAUGUAAGAUAUAGUGCUAGUGGUUUGGUCGUGGAUGUCUUUCCAGAGAGAAAGUAGUUUGCUGUAGAGCUCUAGACAGUUGGUAGCAUGCCUAAUGUUUUCUCCUUUUAGUCUUAAUUAUUUUCCACUGGACAUCUUCAUGUGCAGUGCCUGGGAUGUGUUGAGCCUGUUAGGCCAGAAUGUUUUUGAUUUAAACUUUCUUUAGUCACAACUGUGUACAAAUACUCAGUUAUAUCAGUUAUAUCAGUUAUGCAGGUGGUGGGUAACUAAGUACAUUUACUCAAGUACUACAGGGGUACUUAAGUACUAUUUUACGGUACUUAUUCUGUGACUAUUUUCAGUACAUGAUCAUUUUUGACUAUUUUACAAUAUUACUAGUUUAUUAUUACAGUUUAGAUUCUUAUAAUAACACAAACCUGACAUUGUGUAACUCUGACGUCAUGACAAAAGGUGCAUUAAAGUACGAACCUGCACGUGCUGACUCACUCCACAGUCUUCAUUAUUCAUAAAGCGUCUGGCUGAAGAACAUCAACAUUCAGUCCAUUUUGACUUGACUUUUGCUUUGACACUACACCAGGCACUGUGUAAUCUUUCAAAUAUGAUUUUUAUCUUUGGUGCUGAUGUUUUUCUUGUUUUUUUUUUAAUAUUUGGCACGAAUUUCAGUGUCUCCAAUGAAAAGAAAAAGAAAACAAUCUGUAUGAUACAGACCUUUACUGCUUGUUGCUUCGCCCCUUAUUGUAAGUCGUUAGCGUGUUUAGUGCUGUUGUAGAAAUUAUGAUGUAAACUAUAAAUUAUGUUAGAUUUCCAGUUCGACGUCUGUUCACUCCAGGUCAUGGUGAGUCCCACAGUGUGUGCUUAGUGUUUUGUGAUGGUAAAUAGUUGUUAUUUGAAAAUUAUUUUGUAUGUUCUGUUAUAAAACCUGCACUAUGUCUUGCAUAUGAAAGACAACAAAUACCCUGUGAUUUACUAUGUUUUAUUUUCAUUCAUCUCAGAACAACCUUGGCCUCUGUUUAACGCCCUUAAAACUGGAAUGUUGUACAUUUAGUGCCUUUUACAUUUCAUUAGGUAACUUGAUCUGCUCCAAAUAGAAAAGAUAAGAUUCAUUUAUUUUACUUUUAUUGUAUGUAUUUUUUGAUACUCAUAUCGCCUCUGUAUCCAUUUUAUAUAAACUAAUUUCUGGCCAUAUAUAUCUAUA